CCUGUCUGUGUAUCGAUCUACCGACAGAUAUUUCUUAUUGUCCCGAGGGACUUGUUCGGGGCGCCUGGCCAAAGAUUCUUGGCCCUGGAGCCAUGGGCCGCGUAUCCCCAAUGCUGUGUCAAUGUUGUGAUAAAGAAUUGAGUCGACCAGAAAGUCCUUCCUGCCUCGGGACGAGAGCAACGGUGACCAAAGAGUGGCCAGAGCUAAGCAGGGAAAUGGGCCGGUCAUUUAUGGUUUAUUGACACUAGAGGUAUCGUGGUGACAGGCAGGCAGUCCUAUAAUUGUUGGUCUUCUGACCGGUGGAACGUGGAGUAGUCAUUUAACAAGUGUCGACGGUGCCUUAAUCAUAUUAACUGUACUUAUUGUUUUGCUUGUGAAUUUCAUGAGGAGAACAUUGUUGAGCAUAGGCCUACAUGUAGUUUUGCUGAGCCACCGAGACGUCAAAAAAAUACAACCCUUCGAGGAAGUGAAGCCUUGACCUUUUGGAUACAAGCCAUAUUAUUCUCAGACGGGAAUCUUCAUGUGAAAAAAUGAUGGCUUUUUAAAGAACUAUUCUCAUCUCCUCAAUAUGGACGUCACAGAAUGGCGUAGAGCGUGUGGUGGACAAUAGACAGACCAGUAGCCUACGCGCACAAUGAGUCAUACGGCCGUGAAACCACUGAGGCCGUUGGGUAACUCAGCCCAUUCAAGUGCUCUCCACAAUGGGGAGACCACGCAGUCGUCUCAAUCUCAGAAAUACAAUAAUGUUAGCCAAAGUGCCAUACCUACCCCUGUUAUCAAAACCCAGACGGUUCCUUCAAAAAACCGGCAAACGACAGCGACAGUACCGCGAGCCAGUCCUCUCCAACUCCAAGGCUUGGCGGAGAAACCAAAGAAGAGCCCGCGCUGGAGCGAUGAGGCAACCUCGCCCUCCCCUGCUGGGAUUGAAAACAGAGAUCCGGAACUGCUCUCCCCUCGUAAAGAUAAAUACGUCCCCGCCGCAACGCCUCUCGCCCCACCUGUCUCUCCCGUAUCUUCUUACCUCUACGAUCAGAAAUCGGUUGGCCACAGAGACGCGAAUUCAUCCCGAAGUCCACUGAGCCACCUUGAACUUGAAGACGACGAGGUUUAUGGAAGAACUCCGAACCGACCCCGCAGUGGUUCAGUCCCCAGUAGGUCCAGCAGCCGACAGAGCAGAUACCACGGAGACUGCACGCCCCGGGAAGAUCCCGAUUUAAUCAUCGGCAGCAGAAGUCGUCGAGAUCGUUUGCUCGGCAAAGCGCGGGAGAAAGAGGAAGCAAAUCGCCGCAGACGUCGUCCUAGCAGUUUGGUGAGCGGCACGUCUUUGUUGAGUAGAAGGGAGAGUAUUCUCAACAUCGUCUACACCGGUGGCCGGGAAGAGCAGAAAGAAGACAAAAGUCGUUUCGGGUAUUUCCGUUCACAGUCCGUCCUCAGUAGAAUGACUCCGCUCCUGCUGCAGGGCGAGGAUGUUCUACCGGGAGAAUACAUGGUGGUCGAGGAGGAUGAUUACAGUACCUCCAAGGGAUCUCGAAGCCACUCAACGUCCAGUCUGUAUCCCAGAGGCGGAGACAGGGGUAUGUACAGGCCUGGCUUCCUCUACCAACAGCUUGGCUUCAGGGAACUCUCAGAAUCCGUCCCGUCAUUCGUGCGGCAACACACCGACAAGACGGGUCGCUUGAUGACCGAAUCCUUCAUUCUCAAGGUCAACUACCUCCGACGCAGACGACAACUCGGGGAGAUGAGUGGCGCCGCCAGUAGCAACAGCAGCAGCAAACGUUCACAACUGGUCUCCUCUCCUCAUGAUAAAACUACCGCUGGGGGGCGUGGGGGUGCCGGAGAUUCAGACGCCAACUCAAGCAGACGUGGCGCUGACGUCAGUUCCUCUGAACCGACACCUCGACCUUGACAUUACAUCACCUCGGCUAUACGCACGCAAAAAAAAGAAUACUAACGAAACAACGUAAGCCAUCUUGUUAACUUUUUUUUUCAUCAAGCACCGUAACUUCCCUGCACCUAGUCAGAAAUAUGAAAAACAAGGCGCUGACACAUCAGAGCACUGCCAAAAUAGCAGCUUAAGCGUGGUCACCAUUAUUCUGAACGUAAUGAUUUUCAUAGGGUCUUUCUUUGAAAAAGGGAAAGCUCGUGAAAAUGAACGGUUGGUGUCAUACUCAUAUCGAAGCUUUAACUCACUUUGUGACGUCGCAUAAUGUGUUACAUGUUCUGUCGGUCAGCAUUCCUUGGAAGUGGACAAGGUGUUGUAUUUCCCGAAGACAAUAGACAAUACAAGUGUGAUUUAAAACAUGGCAGGAAAUAAAUUAUAAUACUUUAUUGACAUGUUCAUUAUGCUGCGCCUCUAACCAAUGACGGACAGUGUAAGUCUUGUUUGUGACUGGGUGUGGACGCCGGGAUUGUCUGACUCUGUUAAAGAGAUCGAUGAACUCCCACGGCUCGGCAGUGAACAGACAAUUUAUACACCUAUGUUUUCGGCCUGGCUCUUUUUUUCUAAUACACGCAUUCUGUUGACUUUGUUUUGUUUGUUUUGACGCCGACAUUCCUUAGAUAACUGAAACUGUUAAACUCAGUUUGGUCAUAUUCAUACAGCUUUCAUUUGUGAGUAGUUAUCUUGUUGAUUGAAUGAUUGUUUCUAUUAUGUUAAAUUGAAUUUGUUUAAUCAAUCGAAAGAUCAUAAUUUUUGCUUUUAGUCAUCCUUUGUUAUGAAAAUCAAUAUGCUUUCUUCAUCAAUUGUUCUACAUAUUUAAGAACAGUCGGCAUUAAACUUUUCAAACAAAGCUAAAAAA